AUGUCGCUUUUCGGAACAACUCCGGCGACAUCUCAAGCCAAACCGCUCUUCGGCACCACCUCAACACCGUCGUCUGGGACCUUAUUUGGGAACACGACGACACCUUCUACGGGUUUAUUCGGAUCCACAGCGACUUCUUCAGCGGCUCCGUCGCUAUUCGGCUCGACGACGACAACAACGACGUCGCAGGCUGGAACCCUAUUUGGAACAACCUCUAAACCUGCUACCACAACCACUUCAGCUACUGGUAGCUUGUUCGGAACGACGACAACGACGUCGACAAUCGGUGGAGGAAGUCUCUUUGGAUCAUCGACAACAACUGCUACAAGCACCACAUCUACGGGAACAGCAUUCGGGUCUACGCCAACGACGCAGGCGAAUACUUCGCUGGGACUUGGCGGUGUCCAACAGCAACAGAAAACGCUCGGCGGCGCUGCGACGACGACGGCGACGACAACAUCGACGACUGGUGAGAAGGAGGCGGCCAAAGAUGGCGAAUUGCAAGGAGCGAAUGAGAUUCGGCAGAUGAUUCCGGCUCUGGAAGAGCGUUUGAAAAAGAACCGGGACAUUAUGGAAGAAGUUGAGAAUAUGCCUGUUGAUAACUCAAUAUCAAUAGACGAGCUGAUUGACAAGGCUCGAAGCUGGAUAAACGAGGUUCGUCGGAAUGUGCGCGAUGCGAACGACAUGUCAAAUUAUGUCGCCGAGCUUGUUUCCGAGGAUAAAUACUUUUUGGACACGGCAAAACGUCUUCAGGAUGCGUCGAACACCAGCAAUCAGACGACGUUGUGCAAUCUUAUCAAAAGGCACCUUUACGAGCUCACUGACAAAUAUGAUGUUGAGAUGGGAAAUAUGCAGCAGAGAGUCGAAGCGAUUCGGACCAAGUUCGAGCGAUUGCUCAGUGGUGAGCCGGCGCUAUCAAUGGAGGAGCUGGAUGAGCUAUUUAAGCGAUGUGACAGCUCGUAUGCGAAUGCUCAAGCUCGCAUUCAUGAGACCGGAAGAGAGAUUGAGGCUCUCAAGAAUCAGCUAAUUGAGCAGGGCUACACGCACCUACGCAAAACGUACCAACAGCAUUUGCCGAAGGCGGCGGUGGCGAGCAACGAGGGCGCCGAGUUCUUCCCGUCGCACUCGAGUUUGGCGAUGAUCGGCAGCUCGUUGAGAGCGCCGGCGACGGCGACAGCGCCGACGGUUGGAGGAAUCGGACUCGGAACCGGAACCGGAUUAUUCGGAUCGAGCACAGGUGGCACUAGCCUAUUUGGUUCCACAAAUACGACGAAACCGGCAUUCACCGGUGGCUCGUUGUUUGGAAAUCUGACGAAUCCGUCGACGACCACAUCGACAACCGCCGCCACCACCACGACAAGCUCGUCGUUGUUCUCGAGCUUCAACACGAAGCCGGCGACGACGAUUGCCUCAACCGUCACAAACAAUUCGAGCGGUCUGUUGUUCAGCAUGAAAAAAUGA